GCCUUUUACCUUUUCAGUAUAUUUGCGCUGAAGAAACACAGAAAGAAAUUGAAAGUGUGUUUACAAAAAUGGCUACAUAUUUCGUAAAUUCUCACAAAGCAAAAGAGUGCCUUCAUGAGUUAAACAAAAUCAAAGAUAAUAACUUGUUUAAAUCUCUUGAAAGAUUAUUGGAGGAACCGACUUUCACAAAUGGACAAACCAUCAAAGCUGAACUUCUUGAAAUGGUUGGAGACAAAAAUCCAAAUUAUGACUUUAUGCAUGAACUCUUCUCCAAAUGUUCAUCUAACAUUUUCAGCUCAGAGCAUGUCCAGUGUAUUUUAGAUUAUUGUUACGGUGAUGAAGAUAGAUUGAAGUAUUCAUCUGAAAAACUUCUGGUAAUACAAGUUUUUUCUUAG